AUGAGGUUUAUCAACCUCAUUUUGGCUGCUUCUCUGCCCCUGAUCUCUGCUUUGGAGUCGCGAAUCUUCAGCUCCUACGACGGAACUACAUACGUUUACGACUACGUGCCUGCUCGCGGAGAUAAUUCAACAUUCCUUCUACUCCAUGGGUUUCCUUCGACUCGUAAAGAAUGGCGAUCACACAUCUCAAAACUCACCGAUGAGGGUCAUGGUGUCAUUGUUCCUGAUCUCCUCGGUUACGGAGAUAGCGAUAUGCCACUUGAGCUAGAGGCUUACAAUUUGAAAACUAUCUCUGGACAUUUCGCCGAGCUGGUUAAGCAUGAGAACAUUGAUAAAAGCUACAAUGCGCCCGGCAUUAACUUUGACGUUGACGGUUUUAAUGUUCAGGGCUUAAAGCAGCUUGGUUAUAUGCCAUUUGGAUACUGGUACUUCUUCAACUCUUUCGAUGCGGCUUCUGUGCUUACUCAGAAUCUCGAUUCCUUUUUUCAUCUUGCCUUCCAUAAUAACGCCUCCGACUUGCCGCAAACCUUCUGUGCUCUUGGUGCUGUGCGGGCCUGGGUCACCGCCAACACCACCACGCCCGAUCCCGAGUGGCUCGAGCCAGGUUUCAAGCCCCUGUGGAUCUCACUAUUUAGCAAGCGCGAUGCAAUGCAAGCGGCACUUAACUAUUAUCAAUCCUUCUUGAGAGGAUACUCUGCCGUGGAUGAAGCGAGGCUUACGGAUGAGAAUCGAAAGAUCAAAGUGCCAGUUAUGGCCACUGGAGGCACCAAAGAUCCCGUCACAAGAUUUGACCAACUAAAGUCUGAGACUGAGCCUUGGACCACAAAGGGUUAUACACAGCAUGCUGUGGAAGCCGACCACUGGGUUAUACUGGAAGCAGGAGAUGUUGUGAUGGACCAUCUGAAGAAUUUCGCACGGCAGUAA